AUGGCGACGCAACCCGUUGACGCCAAUAUUCAGACAUUCCGUGAUUUCCUCGUCCAAUACAAUAAUGUCGCUGAGCAGUGUUUCAAUUCGUGUGUUAAUGAUUUCACGUCUCGUACCGUCAGCGACAAGGAAGAAAAAUGCAGCUCCAAUUGUCUCGAUAAAUAUUUGAAGGUCGGUUUUUUUUUCUUGUGAGUUUUAAAAGGAGAGUGCAAAGGUCGUAUUGCGGUAAAUUAGAAAGGUAUUUCCGUUAUAAAAAUGAAAUUGCACUUUUUGAGACAUUACUUACAUUUUUACCUCUAGAGAUGUUCUUAAAAAAUUUGAAAAAAAAAAAAACAAUUUUUAAAAAUGUUAUCCGGCUCGAAAAUUGACGGCGCAAAAUUGACCGGUCGACAGAACACUGUUUUAAAAAUUUUCUGUAACUCUAUGAAACAAAGUUGAAAGCGCUGAAAUUUGAUGCCGUCUUCAGAGUGAUUCCGAGAAAUGCAAAAUGAUCUCUGACUCUACAAAAUUUAGUGAUCUUUUCCUUUCUCUAACGGGAAUUUUGCAUUUCGUGGAAUCAAAUUGAACACGGUAUGAUCUUUGUGAAAGACAAGCCCCUCUAACUUUUUCCAAAAAGAAUUUCGUUAUAACAGUGGCAAACUAUUCAUUUUAAGCAGAUGUUUCGAAAGAAAUCAUUUUCAGAUGACGCAACGAGUUUCUAUGCGCUUCCAGGAACACCAAAUGCUCAACGCCGAAGCCAACGGAGCGCCACUUCAGAAGGCUUAA